AAAGGAAGUAUGGGGACGGAGAUGACGAAUACGAUGAUGACGGCGAGAGAGAAAGGGAGGGAAAUGAGAAACGCAAGCAUAAAAGUAUCUGCAGAUAUAGGGUCUUCCGAUAUUACUUGAAAAAAUGUUACAAAUGGCGCAGGCAUUGUAGAGUGAGAUUUGCUAGAACACUGAGUUUCAUAAUGGAGAAAUAUUACAAAAAGGUCAGAGAGCAUAAACCUUCGCCUUCCCCAGAUCCUGAACCUACUUUCCCAAAAGACCUGAAAUGUGGAAAACGGCCAAGCCAAGACACUAUCGAAAACAAAUGUAUGAAGAAGGAAAGCGAAAACAGCGACGCUGUCAGUGUAUCUUAUGGGAUCUCCCCGCUAGAUGUCCUCCCGUUUGACAAGAGAUUCUACACCUAUGCGGGAUCUUUAACCACGCCCCCAUGUUACGAAACAGUCCAAUGGAUAGUUUUCAAAUGCCCAAUCAUGGUGUCUCGCGGAGCAUUUGAGGCAUUGCGACAUGUUGAAGACUCGCACGAGGAACCACUGCAUACUCUGGGUGUACGGAGACCACUACAGAGAAAUAAACGUCAGUUUGUGUAUAAGAACUUUUGAAGACGUGAUAAACAGUUAUAUAUGAAAACAUCAGAUUACGCCAAUGCACAG